AUGGAUGGCUACCUUCCGACAGCAUCUUCAUCCACCUCUUUAGAUGGUGGAAUUGCCAAUGAUGCUGAGUUACAAGCGCUAGAAGGCUGGCCGCUCUUUCAGUGCAAUCCUGUUACACCAUCUUCUGCCUGCGUACCCACAGUCGCGAACCACGUCAAAAACCUAUCGGCUCUCCUUGGAGAUGGAAAUAUGAUAAUUCAUGAACAUCAGCCGAUUGAUUCAGACGUCGCCAUUGAAUCUCUCUUAACUAGCACCAGGGAGAAACUUAGCGCUAGCCUGCAAGGGCUUUACAAAGAAGCUCAAGAGCUCUACGGGCUGCGAGGCCGGAACAACGGAAAACUAGACCAUAAUGGAGCAUCCGUUCUCACACUGCCUUCCCCACCCGUGUGGGAAUUUCUGUUCUGCGCCUGCCUCCGCUACUGUGAACCGUACUACCCUUUUAUUCCUACAGCAACAUUGAAGAUUAACGAGCGCAUGGAAGGAAGAAACACUAUCUUACCAAGCAUACUGCUACUUUUAAUGCUCUCUAUAGGCGCCAUGGCAGCUGGUGAGAGCGAAAUAUCCCCGAAGAUCGCGCAUGGGCUGGUCGAGAUAUGCCGCAUUUCACUGCGGCGUCUCAUUGAACAGGAUAUCAAACUAGCGUCGAAUCAUGAAGUCUCGCAGUGUGCACUGCUAAACAUUAUUGCUUCCGCAUGGAGCGGAGACAAGUGGCAAAUGGAUAUUGCACAUUAUCAGAAGUCGAUGUUCUUGGAGAUGCAUCUGAAAGCAGAGCAUCAUGUUCACAGAGAUGCCCAGGUGGCUCGCCUAGAAGGUUCCGAUAAUGUCGCACAUUCUUGGGAAAUAUGGAAAGAACAGGAGAGGGCAAACCGCACCAGCCUCAAUACGCCCAUACCAAGCCUGGAUGCCACAUGGAACGCCCAAUCCAUCAACCACUGGAUCGAGGGAAUACCUUCAUCCUCAGGACAUAUCAUCAUUCCUCCGUCUCUCGAUGAUUGGAUAAGGUGGUUCUCGGACACGAACGAUAUCAGCAGUGCCACGCAUAUUUCACCUAUCACACUGCGACUCCUACUCUGUGAUCUUCAAAAUCAAGUCAUCUACCUACGAGCCAACAUUGACAAGAGCCAGGGACCAGGUCAAACUUACAGAAACCCACAAAACUUGUCCAUUGUGCUAAUUCCAGUGCAAAUGCAAAGCGUGCAAGAAUUACUACGAAAGUGGUAUGAUCUCGCCAAAACACAUAGGCCAAGCAAGAAGAUUUGCCCAGCAACUGCCUCCAACAUGAUACUCUACCAUCUUAUCAUGCUGAACGCGGUAGUGAGUUUUCCUCAAAUAGAGCAUCUAGCGCGCAGCAGCCCUGAAAAUGACACGGGCUCCAAGUCGCCCAGAUUUCAUGGCUUUAAACAACCCCAUCAUUUGGAGAACACAAGAGAGAUAUACUUCCAUUGUGGCCAAGUCCUGCGCCAUGUCCAAUCCAUACCGGAACCUACUCGGCCACCCUGGUGGGCUGGUUCAGUAUACAGGAUUGCCCUAAUUGCCUGGGCAAAUGGCAUGGUCUGUACCGGCGUGGACGACGUCCAUCACGAGGGAGAUAUAGACACACAGACGACGCUAUUCUUGGAUGCGCUCCCGCCAGACCAUGCGUCCAUUAUGGCCUAUUUGAACCAUCAAGGUGGUAUUCCUGCAUUCUCGGGCUCGAAUGGUGCCAUGGUGCUCCUGGGCAAUUCUGUCGGGGUCAUACGCUACUGCGCUCAUUUCCUGAAUACUAAUAUCAAGGCCAGUGUUACUCUCGGAAUUCAUCGAAAGUUGUUAGCCAUGGCGCAGCGGUGGGAAAGUGAGACACCUCAAUAUUUGGGAUCCGGUUGGAGGCCUCAUGCCUUCCAUGAUGAUAUGACCAUCUAG